AGGUUGCAUCACCGCACAGUCUCCCCACCAACUACAAUUUGACAGUUUCUCAGGUGAGGCGUCACGCUACAGGAGCUCUUUCACUUUCUCUUCAGUUUCAGCGCGCAUUUCGCUGUGAGCCUGGGGUUGCUUAACUCAAAAACCAAUUACCAGAAGCCCUCACACCACGGCACCAUGAGCAAAAAGAAAAAGGAGUGGAGAGCGGAGAAAGAGCGCUUACUCAGUCUUGGUCUAGAGGAUAGGCGCAAAGAUUAUCGGGGAAACUAUGUGCCGUUGGACAAGAUUCCCACCUGGGCAAACCAUGACGAUAAUACAGCUACUAAGGAAGAAGAACAAAAGUCUUUCUCCUUGACUGACAAAGUGUCUCUGUACAAAGGUGACAUUACCAUCCUGGAGCUGGAUGCCAUAGUGAAUGCUGAUUCGGUGGAGGUGGUGCAGGCAUGGAGUUCUAUAAUACCUGGAGAAAACGAUCCGUUAUUCCCAUUCACCUCAAUGGCAGCCCCGCAGGCACACAAUCUGGAUGCUGGCAUCUUUGUUUCAUGGCCACUCAGUAGAAAUUUUUUUUUGAGUCCGUCACCUAAGCUGUAAAUGCCAUGUGAUUGAUCACUCUGUACUGGAACCCUUUGCAGCAUAUAUUGAAACAGUUUUUUUUGUUUUGUUUUUAUACUUCUGUAAAAAUCUGGCUACAUUUGAAUAGCAGUCAAUAAGUUAUUUUUGCUCGCAUAAUGUUGUAGUCGCUCGCUGCAGACAUUUCCCAGGAAACCUCACUUAAAGAGUGCAUUGCAGAUAUUCUCUGUAAUCAGGCAUUUGUUGACAAUGAAAGCUUUUUAUGAUUUAUUUUAGGUUACAAUUCACAAAGCGCAUCCUAAUACAUCUUAAUUAAAUUAAAACCUGGUCAAUAUUUUUUACAAUGCUUCCCUUCAAGAGUUGGUCCAAAACUCCAACUUU